AUGUCAUUGAUGGGGAAACCGCCUGCACCUCCUCCGUUCUCGGAGUUGUGUCAGGCUUGGGAUAUGCCGUCGCGUUCAUGGAUCGACUACUUCUUGCGACCAAAUGAAUUGUCGUCACUUUUAAGAGAAACUAGAGAGAAUCAGGACACUAUCGCCGCGUUGACCCUACAAUAUGUGGAGCAGACGAUAGCUUUGGAGAAAGAUUUGGCCUCUUUGCGGAAAAGAACUCUCGCAUUGACGGAACCAUCUGAACGAAUGGAAAUGGAAACCGAUGUUCAAUAUCUACAGUACAAGAAAAGUCUCACUUGGCUGUGCACAAUGGCCUGCUUUGCUGCGAUCGAUUGGGCUUUUGAGAAGAUUUUGGAUGAAAAACGACAAAACGCUCACCUUGUGCGCUACUUAAUUGAGAAAACGAAUGAGUGCAUCAUUGCGUCGAAAAAGGAGCAUCUCGUCAAUUUCUCCCAACUUCUCUACGCUCGUUUCUGUCUUCAUAUCAACAAGAAGAUGCGCAUUCCACCGCCAGCCGGGAAACCACAAACGAAUAAUCCAAAUGCUCAAGAAGAUCGGGGAAUCAUUGUGGCGAUGAGUCAUCGAAAAGCCAUUGCUGAGAUUCGAGAAUUUUGCAAAGAUGCGGCGACGGAGCUCGAGAAAAUGGUGCUAGAGGCGAAAACGAGAAGAGUCGAGGUGCCGACGAUUGACACGUUUUUGGGACCAUUUCUACAGUAUCGAGACAACUAUUUGUCGGUGGCACUGAUAGGCAAAGAUUUGACACUUGACGGUGUACCGAUGCCCGAUUUUGAGAUCGUUCAUCAACAAAUACCCGAAAAUGAGCUGCUGAAUGUGCUUCGCUACGAGCUUGCCUGCUACUACUUUCAAUUGCUCAAGUUCGACGAUGCGCGGAAAUAUUUUGGAGAUUUGACGAGUCAUUUGCCGAAAGAAUUAGAGAAAAUUUCGAUUUGUUUCAUCAAUCGUGAAGAGUUGAAUGGAUACUUGAUCGCUGUCGGAUUACCCCAACUCGCGUAUGUUGCUCAAAAAGCGGACUUGAAAGUGGAAGAAAUGACAUUCACCGAGGACAAUUCGCUUAGCCGACGCUUCUGGAUCACUCGGGAACACACAGAGACACAAACAAGAGAACAAUCAAGGAUACAAAUUUUAAAGGUCGAAAAUCUGGCUAGGGACACAAUCGAUGGACUACCCGUCUAUCCGUCGACUGCUUUUCGUGACUUUCAACCACCACAAAUUACUCGAUAUCUACAAGCGAUCACCCGAUUGUGGCCUCGUUUACGUAAUGUCUCAUUGCAUCGAUCUCUCCUCUACUACAUAUCGAUGAGUGUGCCGAGAUUCACCGAAAGUGCUGAGAAAAACAGAUUCACGUUGACUGAGUUGAGAAACAUGGUGACGAUGAGUAGUCAACUACCGAAUCGAUCCCCACCAUCGGCAUCCAUCAUUUCGGGCCUUCUCGCCUCGGAGAGUCUCUAUUGGAAUUUGGUAACGUCGUUUGAUGUGAAUUCUCUCAAGAAUAUCUUGCAUCAAUUGCUACAACUCGAUAGUAGAAUCAAUUUGCCGAUUUUGUACAAAUAUCCGGAAAUGCUAGCCGACAAAGUGUUGAGUCAUCAGAAUCCACAGAAAUUCCAUGCUUUGUUAUUGGGAAAACUUGAACAAUUGGCAAGGUUACAGAAUAUCCCAAAGUGGAGAGAAUUUCUGAAUGGUGUCGUCCAACAAAUCCCGAUUUUGGCACAUCAAGACUGCGUCUUUAAAGAGGCAAUUAUCGUGCAAACUCGAGCCCUGAAUCGACAACUACAAUAUGCACAUUGUGCAAUUGAACAAACAGCAAUUCGAGAACAGGUAAUUCUGGUGAAAAAAAUCAUUAAACACAAUGAGAAACGCAGCUCCGAAUUCAUGGUUGAGUGCGUCGCUUUCCUCUUGAAUGUCGAUGAGGGAGACUCGGUGCUUAACGAUAUACCACAAACCGCUGCCGCUGAUGCUCCAUAUUUGAUGUUGGCGAAAUUGUUGGCUGCCUGGAUUCAGGUACUCACAAAGCCGCAUGCAACAAAAGUCGACUUCACGAAUAGCUUUGCUCAUUUCAUCGAUAUGAAUGGAAUCUUUUUGUCGGCCUCUGGAAAAGAAAAUGAAGCGAUGAGAAGAAGAUUGGAAAAAGAACGAGGCGAUUUGUUGGCUUUCAUCAAAUUGUUGACGGAACAAGAGCAGCUCUCCCUAUUGAUCUCUCAUUUGUGCCAUCUCUACAAUCGUCAUCUCUUCACGACGAAUCGACCGACGCUUGCACUCGAAUUUCAAUAUAAAGAACUGUGGAACAAUAAUCUUGAAAUGCUGAACGCUCACGAGGACUUUAUCGAUUCAUCUCUUUUGGCGGCUCUCACAACUGGUCUUCGUCUCAAUCCGAUGAAUGCUUUUUGGUUGAGGAGUCUUGCUGACUAUCGUUACACAAAAGGUGAAACCGAUGAGGCAUUGGUGCUGUACAUGGAGACAUUGUGUGCAUGCACGGACAAUCAAAUGAUGCAACCAUUUCCUGAGGUGUUGCUGAAUGAUUUGAUGUGGUAUCGGAUGCGAGUUUGUCUCACUUCAAUUGGAAUGCACACACUGGCUGCACUCAUCGCUCAACUCAUCACCCUUGCCGACUAUAGACUUGAGCAAUAUCAAGUGGCUGCUGAGAACAUUUCCACCCAACACGUGCUCGAUGCAUUCGAUUCGCUCACUUAUUUAUGUUUUGAUCAUCAAUUGACUGAGGCGCUCACUGAUGCUUUCGAGAAAAUGGAGAUGCAAAAUAGGACUGAUGCUUUUAUUCAAUCGGCCUCUCAUCCCGCACUGAAUGUCUCGAAUUCGCUAGAAGUCUUUACCUCCGAGAAAUCUCGUCGUACUUCUUCACUUCUUCGUUGUCUUGCUGCUUUAUCGUUCUCCAUUCAUCAU